CACAUUCUUCCAUUCUGGUCGGGUGCUGAUCAUCACGACUUCCACCACAUGGCCUUCACCAACAACUAUUCGACUUCCUUCCGCUGGUGGGACCACCUCUUUGGCACCGACGACAAGUACCGGGCAUACAAGGCCAAGUUAAAGGCUGCCAAGGCCCAGGGCAAGGACCUCAAGAAGUACGAGCAAGAGCUACUCGAGGAGACAGAAAAGGAAGGUAUCAUCGCCGAGCAAAAGGCGGAACAGACUGGUGUAUGGAGCAAGGCUGCUAGCAAGGUUAAGGUUCAAUAG